AUGUCUAUACCCAAACCAAGUUGGGCUGAUGAAGUUGGAGAAGAACUUGAUCAACUUCCACUCGAAAAUUUUGCUGAUGAAAAUGUUGUAACCAUUGUUACUGAACAAACUAAUGAUGAGGGUAAAAAAGUGAAGAUUACUAGGAAGAUCAAAAAAACUUUGAUUAAAGAAUAUGUGAAUAAAUCAGUUGCUGAGAGAAAGAAAUGGGCAAAAUUUGGAGAAGAAAAAGGCAAGAAGCCGGGUCCAGAUCUUAGAACAACAACAAUUGGUGAACAAAUUUAUUUGAAACUUUCUACCACAGGAAAACAUGGAGAAUCACCAGAAGAAGCAGAUGCAAAUAAGAAAAAACAAUUGUUAAUGUCUAAAAAGAUUCUUUGUCAACCAUCAUCAACAGCAGAGCCACCAUCUGAUAAAUAUGUUCCUCCAAAUAUACGUUCAGGAGCAUCUAAACCAGCAAAUGCUGGCGAAUCAAUGAAAGAAAGAAGAGAUGAUGCAUCUAUCCGUGUUACCAAUUUAUCUGAAGAUACUACUGAGGGUGAUAUACAUGAUCUUUUCCGUAAAUUUGGAAGCAUUUCACGUAUUUACCUUGCUCGUGACAGAGAAACAAAUGUUUGUAAAGGGUUUGCAUUUGUUAGUUUUAAUUCACGUGAUGAUGCAUCGAGGGCUUUAAAUGCUAUUAAUGGAUAUGGAUAUGAUAAUUUGAUUUUAAGAGUUGAAUGGGCCAGGUAA